CAGGGCAGCUCUGUGAAGACUGUGGGGCCAGCAGAGCUUGGAGGCCAAAGGCUGCAGCUCUUAACCUCUAAGCAACCCACGCACCCCCAAUUUGAUCUACUUGUUCCAAAGACACAGCAGGCAGGUCCAUGGCUGGCAGAACUCUGCCAUCUGGACGCCAGGAAGAGGAGACUACCAAAGACCUGGCUUUGAAAUUACCACCGGGGAAGUCUGGAGGUCACCUGCCCAGCCUUAAUGAGACCCGACCUAUAGGCCCAGGUCCAGCCUCCCGUCGUGGCUCCCUGCUGAGCAUACACCCAUCCUUUUCACGCCGCAACUCACUGGCAGGACCCCUAGUAGGUCCUGGAGGUCGACGACUAUCCCUGGGCCCAAUGCCCCCUUUAGGUACACGAGUUAGCUUUUCUGGGCUACCCCUGAUGCCUGCCCGUCGCAUGGCACCCUCCUACCGCACAGAACCGGCACCGGGGGAGCGCUGGGAAGCAGCAAGCGCUCAGCGUGCCCUGGAGGCAGCACUGGAUACCCAGCUGAGCAAUGUGUGCUACUCCAGUACCGAGGCAGGGAGACUGGCACAGGCUCUGUGUGAACAGAUACGCAUUCGUGUGCGGGAGCUCAGCCUACCCCGCUACAAACUGGUGUGCAGCGUGGUGCUAGGGCCACGCGAGAGACAGGGUGUGCAUGUGGUCAGCCGCGCACUCUGGGAUGCGGUACACGAUGGACUGGCCUCUGCCACCUUCACCAACACUUCGCUGUUUGCCGUGGCGAUUGUCCACGCGGUCUACUGGGAAUGAUAAGGCCUUCAAAUUCUGAAAAAACGGUUUAUUAUCCCAGGAGGAGGCCCCCCUGGGGCU